UACGGUUACCAUACACAGAUAAAGUUUAUUAUCUAUUUGCAUUUUGAUGAUGAAACAGGAAUACAAAUUGCAAAAUACGUAUGCUGCAUUAUUUUUAAUACAUGUUAUACUUGCAUACAUUGCAAACGUUUACGCAUUAGGAGACCCUGCUUCUAUAAUAAGUAUACCCCAAGGAAAGGUUCAAGGCACUCAUCAGAAAGCAUACAGCGGAAGGAUUUACACUGCUUUCGAAGGAAUUCCUUAUGCUAAGCCUCCUGUGGGGGAUCUACGGUUUGAGGAACCUGUACCAGUUGAUAAAUGGGAUAGCAUACUAGUGGCUAGUAAUAACUACAUGUGCAUGAGUUUCUUACCAUUUCCAAUGAUAUAUGGUCCUAAAGGAACUGAAGACUGCUUAUAUGUUUAUGUGUAUGUACCUAGAGAAAAUGUUACGGGCAAAGAAAAUUUGGAAGUGGUGGUUCAUAUCCAUGGAGGUGCCUUCAUGAUGGGUUCUCCUCAAUUCAUGGCUGGCCCUUCUUUUAUUAUGGACAAAGAAGUUGUCUACGUUAGUUUCAAUUACCGUCUAGCAAUACUAGGUUUCCUAAGUACUGAAGAUGAAGUGGUACCUGGAAAUAAUGGACUCAAAGAUCAAUCAUUGGCUAUGAAGUGGAUUAAAGACAAUAUCAAGUAUUUCGGCGGCAACCCAGAGUCCAUUACAUUAACUGGUCUGUCGGCAGGUGCCGCUAGCGUCCACUAUCAUUAUCUAUCACCUAGGUCAAAAGGCCUAUUUCACAGAGGUUUUUCUCAAAGUGGUACUGCCCUACAACCAUGGGCGCUGACGGAAAACCCACUCGCCAAAGCCAAAAUGGUGGCAACCACUCUGAAUUGCACUACCGAAUCUACAAAAUCAAUGACGCAGUGCCUCAAGAAAGUGCCAGCGAAACAGUUGAUAUUAGCGAUGAAGUCUCUGUUUGUGUUUAUGGACUUUGUACCGUUUACCACUUUUGGACCGGUGGUAGAGAAAGGAGGGAAAAACCCUUUCAUAUCCGAACCACCAUAUAAGUUGCUGAAAGAAGGGAAGGUGUAUGACGUUCCUUGGGUGGUCUCAAACACCAGGCAUGAGGGACUAAUUCCUGCUGGAAUGAUUGCUACAAUGCAGACAUUGUCAGAUCUAGAUAAAAGAUGGAAUGAGAUUGGAUCUUUUGUCUUGGAUAUCAAUGACACAGUAGCAGCAACUGAUCAAAUGGACGUUAUUACCAAAGUGAGAAAGUAUUAUUUGAAAGAUGAGGCAAUUACAAAUGACAACAUCUAUUCUCUUGUCGAUUUGUUUUCAGAUCGUGUUUAUAAAUUACCUUGUGAAAAGGCUAUUAGAGCUCAUGUUGCGGCAGUGAAAUCUCCAGUUUAUUAUUACUUUUUCACCUACAUAUUAGAAAUGCAGUCUCCGAUAUUCCAUGGGAUCAAGCCAGGCUCUGCUCAUAGCGAUGACGGGCGAAUUCUCUUUCCCAUUAUUGGUACACCUCCAAUACUUAAAGAAAAUGACGAAAAAAUGAUGAAGCAUUUUACUGGAUUUGCUGAAGCGUACGCAAAAACUAAUAAGCCUUCUUUUAAUAACGUCGAAUGGAAACCUGUAGAUCCUGAGAGCAGAGAUAUAAACUACCUGGAAAUCGCAUCCCCUGAUGAUAUUUCUAUGAAGAAAUUCAAGGAGCUAGGUCCUAACGAGUUUUGGGAUAGCCUGCCUAUUAUAGAAAAUGAAAAACUGUUUUAGAUAAAUAUUUUAUCCCAUAAUUUAUUUUACCCGUUUAAAAUUGUA